CUGCGAUUUGUGUCCAACGCAUGCGCACUAAACACAUAAAUAAUACACAGAAAUAAAAAGCAAUUUUUCGCUCAAAAAGUGUCAAAAAAUGUCUGAAAACAAGUCGAAAAACAGGAUCUCUUCGCGCGAAUCCUCGGCCGCGGCGGUCAGUAGUCCUCCGACGCCCUCCGCGGCCGCCAAUCAAUGGAUCGAAAUCCUGGAGCCGAAGACCAAAGUCCAGAUGUUCGCCAAUCUCAUCACCGGCGAGUGUCGUUGGGACGAACCCCGGGGUCAGGGAGUGGUCAUCUCGCGCGCCACGAAUCCGGCGCUCACCCAAUGGUGGGAACUAUACGACACAAAUAGUCAACGAUUUUAUUACUACUGCGCGAAAGACUCGAAGACAGUGUGGAAGCGGCCGCAGACGCCCGAUGCCAUUGUCGUCCCGUUGGCUAAACUCCAGAUACUUAAGCAAAACACCUGUUCCUCGCAUCACAACAACGACAGGACGACUGCGGGGACGACAGCGACGACGACAGCGAAGGCGACGGCAGAGGUGUCGACGCAGACGGAGCCGCAGCUGUGCUCGCGAUCGACGCAAACCAUGACUUCUCUGUCGCCAAACCAGACGACAGACUACUUGUUUGAGAACUCCUUCCGAAACCCGAGUCUUAAACAUUACCUGAUAUCUGAGGCGCGUCUGACGCACGCCAUGAGAGUGCGAGACGUCGGCCAAGAGUUGGACUUCGACUCCAAUGACGACGACUUUGACGACGUGUUGGGCGACGACGAGUCGGACCUGUCGUGCGAUGCGGACGACGAGUACGACCACGACUACAGCGACGACGAGGAGGACGUCUCGGACGACAACGAUGACGACGGCGGCGACAGACCGGACGGCCGUUCGUACGACAGUCGACACGACAACGAUUACGACACACCGGACGACGACUUCCGUCGCCGGUGUCGUUACGACGGCAACCGGUCGUCCGUCAAACAGAGGCAACAAAUCAACAGUUUGUUUGCGACGACAGCGCCGCCCGCUGUCAGCCCUCUGAUGGUCGCCAGCAGUCCGACGGGCAGCGCGUCGGGAGGCGUCGGCGGCCAAGCGUUCGCCACAACACCGCCGGCGCCGACCAAAAGCCAUUCAUUGACUCAAAUCUCAUCGAACUUAAGCCGAAAUUGUGUUCAAAACAACGUCUCGUCGAAUACGACGACAAAUAGUAAACGAUUGACGACUACUUUGACGACACCGUCGCCACCGAAGACGACAGCUGUCGCCGCGACCGUCGCGCAGACACUGACGCUUCAGACGCGGCCGCAGACGCCGCCAAAGAGUCGCCAAAUCAGCCAUACGUUGUCUCUGAUGCCGACGCCGGCGACGACAAAGGAGACGACAGCCAAGACGACGGCCGACGCCAAGACGGGCGACAACUCGUCGACGCAUCUGUCGAUCGAGUCGUUCGCCAAAGAGAACAUUGAGAGGCACCGAAAGCCCGGUUUAUUCAUUGGAAAGAAGGUCUCCCUGAAGGCGAUGCUCGAGUGGUCGAAGAAGUCAAUCAAAAAGCCGAUGAUUUCCUCCAUAAGUGACCAGAAGUUGAGACACGAGUCGAAACUGAUGUUCAAAUUCGUGCAAAAAUUCAUGCGCGACCUGACGGUAGACGAGAGGACGACAACCGGCGACAGGACGACGACGACAGCGACGCACGACGGCGUCAAUAGACACCCGUCGCUGGCCGUCGCCGACGACACGGAUAUCGCUGUCUAUCUGCUGACGACAGCCACUCAGCAGCCGAUCCUUCGCGACGAACUGCUCGUUCAGAUCGCGCGCCAGACGACGAACAACCCGUCGGCCGACUCGGAGGCGCGCGGACUGCGGCUGAUGUGCGCGUGUUUCUGGUAUUUCCCGCCGUCGCAGAAGUUGGCGCCACAUAUGGCGGCCUUUCUGUCGUCGCACGCGAACCCCUACGCGGCGGAAGUCGUGCGCCGAAAGUUCGAGCAACAGUUGCGACGCUCCCAACAGUCGCACGUGGUUUACGUCCGCAAACCCCACGACCGCGAAGAAGUGGCGCGCGUUCUCCGCUGCGUCGACAACGGCUUCGUCGGCGUCUUCGGCGAGUCGUUGGACGACGCGCUCGUCGACAGACGUCUCAUUCCGUGGCCAAUAGUGUCGCUGACGGAAGCGCUGCUCAAGUGUCGCGGAGACGACGGAAGCGAUUGUUGCGAACGAGAGGGUGUGUUCCGAUGCGUCGGGGAUUUAGACGAAGUAAUGCGCCUUAAGAUCAAAAUCGACACUGUCAUCACUCGCGACGACGUCCGCGACUCUUAUCACGCGCUGGACGUCAACCCGGACGACAUCCACGUCAUCGCCUCCGCUCUCAAACUCUACUUCCGCGAACUGAAGCGCCCUCUCGUGCCGUACGACGUCUACUGGGAGGCUCUGGACGCCGCCCACGACGCCCUCCGCGCUCAGCGAUUGGUCGAGCGCUUGCCUCUGACCAACCGAUACGCGCUCUCGUAUUUGAUUCGUUUUCUUCAGGUCUUCUCUGCGCCCGAACACGUGAUCUACACGAAGAUGGACGACGCGAACCUGUCGAUGGUGUGGGCGCCCAACAUCCUGCGCGCCGAGGGCGGCGCCGCCCUCCACCCCGACGCCUCCCUCUCGAACAUCUUUGAGCGCACGCGCGCCGAGAUGUCGUUCGUUCGGACUUUGAUCCAAAACCUCGACACCGGGUUUAUGGCGGGCGUCCAGUAGACGACAGUGUCGUCGCGUCUGUCGUCGUCCGUAGACUAGUCUCGCGUGCAAUCAAUGAGUCAUUUAUUCGUUUCAUUAAUUAAAUGCAAUUUUAUUAUUCGUGUGUUGAA